AAAACAAAAUUAUUAUUUUUUUAUUCAUAAAUUUUUCUGCCGCAGUAGCUUUAUCAAGCAUUUGUCGAUUUCUAGUUUCUUCUUAUUUCUAUUAAAUUUCACUUCUUCUUAAAAAAAUGGAAAAUGUAGAAAAAGUUUGGCUAGGUCCUCUGCCACCCGAUUCACCCUACGUCAAACCAUUCCGAUUUUAUUUUGUCCAAAAUGGUAUCGAAAAAAAUUGGGAUCUACUCAAAGUCCACGAUAGUGUGGCCAUAAUAAUUUACAAUACAACAAGAAAUGCCUUAGUUUUUGUUAAACAAUUUCGACCAGCGGUUUAUCAUGGUGUCGUAACCGCUGACGGCAGAGAAUUCAAAGAUGUUGAUUUGAAUGAGUUUCCUCCGAAACUUGGAGUCACUUUGGAACUUUGUGCUGGAAUUGUCGAUAAAGAUAAGAGUUGGAUUGAAAUUGCCAGGGAAGAAGUCCUGGAAGAAUGUGGCUAUGAUGUUCCAGUGGAACGUAUUGAAGAAGUGCUCACUUUUAGAUCUGGGGUAGGUGCAUCUGGGGCACAACAAAGAAUGUAUUAUUGUGAAGUAACUGACACUGAUAUGGUUUCGAGCGGGGGUGGAGUCGAUGGGGAGGUUAUUGAGGUUGUAGAGUAUAAUUUGGAAGAGGCUCGCAAAUUGGUUAGCCAAGGAGCUGUUAAUAACAGUCCACCGGGUUUUCUCUUUGGGGUGCUUUGGUUCUUAACCAACAAAGCUCCAAAAGCGUAGAGAUGCUAUUUAAUUAUUAAAUAUUUGUCGGAUGUGCUUGCAAGCUGCCUGCUCUCAUUCGAUUUAUUCCUGAAUCACCAAAAUGAAAACAAAGAGAAAUCCAUUUGUUAAACAAAAAAAGAUUUAUGAUUAAAACAAAAAGAACAAAAAUAAAAAAAAAAUUAUUAGUUUAUAAUAAAAAUAAAUAAAAAAAAAGACGUAUUGUUGAGAU